UGUCGCUGCGGUGUCGCGUCGCUGUCUGUGAGCGGAAGUGAGGAAGCGCGGCGGGUUCGGGCGUGUGUCAGAUGUGUGUUUUUACUUUCAUUAUGAGAUUUCUGCGUUCAUUGACCGUUGUGUGAGGUUUUGUCAGAAUGGAGACUGUGGUAAACGGUGACUGCGGCGCUCAGGCGCUCGUUGAGCCCAUCACGGUCCACGAUUUCUCGGAGAAGAUUCUGGAGCAGCUCGUGCAUUUCCACGUGAUGAAGCUGAGCGGCGGCUUUUUCCUCUGGAUCGGCUCAAACCCGGUUCUGUCCAAUCUGGCCCUGGCCGUCAACAGCAAAUAUGAUUCGGUGCCUCUUUCCACGCUGGUUCUGGGUGACGCGUCAGACACGACGCCAAGCUCUCUUGCACAGAGACUCACAAAGAAGACAAAGAAACAGGUAUUUGUAAGUUACAAUUUACCCAUGACGGACUCAAAUCUAGCACUACUGGUGGAGAACAGAAUCAAAAAGGAGAUGGAGCUUCAUCCUGACAAGUUUUAAACGUUUGCUGUUUUACUUGGCACUUUUUUUUUUUGUACAUAGCACAAUAAAUCAAAACCAAAAAGUAUUCUG